CUGGAGUACGGGGGUACCGGGGGCUGAGAGGUUUGUAGAGUUUGGAGCAUGGCAAUAAUGGGGGUGUCACUGGGUCUGGGAGACAGUUGGGGAAUGGAUGGGCUCAGCAUGGAGGUGACAGGGCCAUCACUGGGGCUGAGGGUCACCAUCACCAGAAACAGUAGAAGGGUGAUGGCACUGUCACCACACACAGGRACAACACUGGAUCUGGGGGGCUUCAGACAUGGAGAGACCAGAGCAUCAUUGGGCAUGGGGGGCUUGGGGCAUGGGAGAGUUAACAGGGUGCCCCAGGCUGGGGAGGCUUGGGGCAUGGAGAUAUUAUGGUGUCAGCAGGGCAGGAGGUCUCAGAAUGUGGGGUUACCAGGUCGGUCACCAUGCUUGGGACAUGGAGACAACACCAGCGCUGAGGGGGGUCAUGGAUGUGGAGGUGAUGGGGAUUUCAUUUGGACUGGAGGAGCUUGGGGCAUGGAGGUACUGUGGGUGUCUUUUGGGCUGGAGGGGCCUGGAGGAUGGGGGUGAUGGGAUUCUCAGCAGGGCACUGGGGCUUGGAGGUCACCAGGRCUGGGGAAAUUGGGGUACAGAGAUAAUGGGGCUGUAACCAGGCUUGCAUCACGAGGUUGACACUGGGGCUGGGAGACUCAGGACACGCAGAUAACAGGGUGCUAACAGGGCAGGGGACCCCAGGGCACACGGGGGGCAAUGGGGGGUGUCCAGGCUGGGGUUCCAUCCCCAUGACGAUCCCGGUGCUGGCAGCCUGGCAGCGUCCCUACCUGAACAUCUUCAAGCACUUCCGUGUGGAGGAGUGGAAGCGYUCUGCCAAGGAGGGGGACGUGGCUGCCCUCACGGACACGAGGAUGAAGGGAACAAUCUACCGGAUCCGAGGGUCAGAUCCCGCCAGCAGCUACCUGCAGCUGCCCCGGAAAGGGACGCAGUCCCUGGGGCUCACAGGGCRCUACCUCUACCUGCUCUUCAAGCCCCUGGCCCGCAAGCACUUCCUCGUGCACCUGGAUGUCACCACCGAGGAAAACCAGGUGGUUCGCAUCUCCUUCUCCAGCCUCUUCAAGGAGUUCAAAUCCACGGCCACUUGGCUCCAGUUCCCCUUCRUCUGCAGAGCAUCCAGAGAGAGCCCGGCCCCACGGGGUGCCCCUGGAGCAGCCCCGGCCGACGCGCGCUGGACGUGCCUGGUGCUGGACCUGCCCUCCAUCGUGACCCAGUACCUGAACCGCAGGUACAGCCACCUCCGGGGGGUCAAACUCUGCUGCAACCUGCUCGUGAAAAACCUCUGCACCAGCGACCUGCUCUUUGAGCCAGGUGUGACAUUCUCCGAGGCCCGCCUGGGUGACCUGUCCUGCCGCGGGGUCACCCCCAUGCCCCGGGAGCUGGCCUUCCCCGUGCCCAAGGGGGCCAAGUGGCAUGACCUCUAUGACUACAUCAGGUUCCCGUCCGAGGGGUCCAAGGAGCUGCGCGACUCCAUCCAGAAGAGCUCCCCAAGUCCUGCGGCAGGUGACCAGGUCCUGGAGGAGCCCAGCCACCUCCUGAGCCAGCCACUGACCCUCUCCAGAGCARUCUGUGACCGCCUGUCCCUCGUCCGUCACAUAACCAGUCCCAGAGCUGUGCCACAUCAGAGUCGUGUACUCCCCAAAAGCAUCCCUGAGGUUCACCUGACAGCCCCAGGGUCUCCCAGAGCUGUGCCUGCUGGAGAUCCCGUGCUGGAGGAGAAGCAGAAGCUGCACAGCGCGGGGGACAUGGGGCAGCCACCGUCACCCAGCCAUGGUGGCAUCCAUGUCUACGCCCACCYGAGGGAGGGACGGACCACCCGAGCUGUGCCCAGCUCAGAGGAGGUGAAUGAAGCUCUGGAGGGUCACAAGGGGCUCAUACCAGAUCCCAUCCUGAAGCUGAGGACGAUUAUUGGCUUUGGAGGCUGCAGCACCAAAUGGGCUCUGUGGACGCGGGACAGCACGGCUGUCGUGUACCCCUGCCACGCCGUCAUCGUCACCCUGCUCCUCAAGACCGGCCAGCAGAGGUUCUUCCUCGGCCACACGGACAAGGUGGCGGGGCUGGCGUUCAAUGGGAGCAGCACCGUGCUGGCCUCGGCGCAGGCCGGGCCCCGCAGCCUGGGGCGCCUCUGGGACUUCCCCUCGGGAACCUGCCUGUGCCUCUUCAAAACYGGCCUGCAGUCCCUCGUGGCCCUCAGCUUUUCCCACAGUGGAGCUGUUCUGUGUGGCGUCGGGAAGGACGGGCAUGGCAAAACGAUGGUGGUGGUGUGGAACACUGCUCAGGUGACCCGUGGUGGGGGCGUGGCUGUGCUGGCCAARGCACACACAGAUGUGGACAUCCAGGCCAUGAAGAUUGCUUUCUUUGAUGAKACCAGGAUGGUGUCGUGUGGCCGGGACAACAUCAGGCUGUGGCGCCUGCGGGGCGGGGCCCUGCGCUCGUGUCCCCUCAACCUGGGCGAGUACCAUUCRCUGCACUUCACCGACCUGGCCUUCGAGGAGCGCCGGGGGCCACAGCAGGAGCUGGAGGACCGUGCACUCUUUGUGUGCAGCAGGAGCGGCCAUGUGCUGGAGGUGGACUACAAGAAAGUGUGUGUGCGGAGUGCACGGCGCCUGCUGCCCGCACGGCCCCGGGGGGACAGCGAGGAGCAGGCAGGGAGCAGCUCAGGCCCUGGGAUUGCUAUAAACUCUAUCAGCAUGUCCUUGACCUUUUGUGCCACGGGAUCAGAGGAUGGCUACGUGAGGCUGUGGCCCCUGGACUUCUCAGCUGCUGUCUUAGAGGCGGAGCAUGAGGCUUCAGUGACUUCGGUGUGCAUCAGCCCUGACAGCCGCAAGGUCCUGUCCACGACAGCCACAGGCAACCUGGGCUACCUGGACAUCCAGGCCCGGGACUACAACACCCUGAUGCGCUCGCACAAGGGCUCKGUGCUGGGCUUCUCUCUGGAGGGCAGGUGGAGGCAGAUAGCCACCGUGUCCCAGGAUGGCACCAUCCGCGUGUGGGACCUCGCCUCCAUGCAGCAGCUCUACGACUUCUCAGCUGCAGGAGAAACUCCCUGCACCGUGGCCUUCCACCCCUGCUGGAAGAUGCUGGCCUGUGGCUUCGACAGCGGCGUGGUGCGCACCUUCAGCCUGGCUGCCUCYGACCUGCUGCUGGAGCACAGGCAGCACCGCACAGCGAUCACCGGCCUGACCUUCUCUCCCAAUGGCAGUUUUAUGUUCAGCUCCUGCUUGCAGGGAACUCUGGCUCUCUACAGCUUUGUGGCACRGAAAACCCAGGUCCUGAGAGUUCUGGGCAACGUGGUGGCCCGGGAUGCCGGGAGCAGCGUGGACACUCUGGUGGUCAGCGGGGACAGUCGCCUGCUGGCCUUCGUGGGGCCCUGCAAGUAUGUGGUGACAGUGAUGGAGGCCUGCUCGCUUGAUGAGCUGCUGAGGGUGGACAUCAGCCUCCUGGAUGUGCACAGCACCAUCUUGGACUCUGCUGUGAAGGUCUACUUUGGUCCUGUGCCUCAAGGCGAGCUCCUGGUGUCCACCUCUUCCAAUAAAAUCCUUGUGCUCGAUGCAAAAACCGGGCGGCUGCUGCGAGAGGUGUCCCCUGUGCACAAGCUGACCUGCUCCUCCUUGGCUCUGAGCAAGGAUGGCCAGUACCUGCUCACUGCUGGCGACAAGGUCAUCAAAGUGUGGGACUAUCGGAUGCGCUUCAACAUCAACUUCCAGGUGUUCAUCGGGCACUCGGAGCCUGUGCGUCAGGUCGCCUUCACCCCAGACCAGCAGCACGUCAUCAGCGUUGGGGAUGCCAUCUUCCUCUGGGAUUUCCUAGCUCCACCUACAGUCGUCAGGUCAUCCCCAACCAGGGUUCAUUCCCCCGCGUCCACUGUGCCACUGCAAUCAGACAGCAGCUUUGAGAAGACAAAGGAUGUCUCUGAGACCCCCCGGCAGACGGUGCCUCUUCCCCUGCUGUCCUCCCCACCGUGUUUGGAUAUCAGCUCUGUCCACAAAGCAGCAUUUCAAAGUAUUCUCUCUGAAUCGGACAAGGAGGAGGAGGAGGAAGGUCUGCCAGGCAGCAGCAGGGAGACAGGAGAUGGGCACAAAGAGGUCUCAAUCCUUGUGGUGGAAUCAGACAGGGAUGAGGAGCCUGUUGUGAGGCAGGAGAACCCGAGGUCUCCUGGAAAACCAACAGAUGAAUCCUGGAAGGGGACCAAACCUCCCCGGGUGCAGUGUUCCAUCCGCCCGGAUUCCUACCGGCACUUCACUCCUCGCUUCAAGGCAUCAGCUCUCCCCCAGAGUUUCUCAUCUCCUCCAGUGGGCAGUGAGGUCCUGAAGCUGAAAGCGGUGAUCGGUUACAAUGGGAAUGGCAGAGGGAAUAUGGUGUGGAACCCAGAUACAGGCUUCUUCGCCUACUCCUGUGGCUGCGUCAUUGUGGUUGAGGACCUGCACUCUGGGUCCCAGAACCACUGGCUGGCCCACGCCGAGGAGAUCUCCACGCUCGCCCUCAGCCACGAUGCCCAGGUUCUUGCCUCUGCCUCAGGGAGGAAAGAUGGGGACUCCCACUGUCAGAUCUGCAUCUGGAGCACCCAGGAUGGGGCCUGCACAGCAGAGCUCUUCCACCACGAGACACAAGUGCAAGCCAUGGCAUUCUCCUGGGACGACAGAUUCCUUGUCACCAUAGGGGACUACAGUGACCAGACCCUGGCUCUAUGGAGCACCCAUACCUAUGAGCUCAUGCUGUCCACCUGUGUCUCAGAGCCUCUCCACGACGUGGCUUUUAGCCCCGUCUCCCACCGAGACYUGGCUUGCGUGGGAAGGGAAGCUGUGAUGUUCUGGCUGUUAGAACAGCAGGGAGCUGCUGUCAGACUCAAGGUUCAUCGAGCCCCUGCCCCGGAYGUGCUGGGGCUGGUGGAGCUGACAUCUCUCUGUUAUGGUGCUGACACUCUGCUUUACAGUGGGACCAACUCAGGCCAGAUCUGUGUGUGGGACACAGAGACCAACUCCUGYUUCAUGACGUGGGAGGCUGACGAGGGCGAGAUCGGUGUGCUGGUGUGCCGGCACAGCCGGCUGGUGAGCGGCAGCAACACCAAGCGCAUCCGCCUGUGGUCCGUGGCCACCGUGCAGGAGCUGAGGCUCAGAGGGCCCGAUGCCAGGUCUGGCUCAGUCCUGCUGGAACAUGAGAUCACCCUGGAUGGGACAAUUGUGAGCGCAGCCUUUGACGACUCCCUGGAAAUGGGAAUUGUGGGCACCACAGCYGGGACCCUGUGGUACAUCAACUGGGUGGAGAGCACCAGCAUCCGCCUCAUCAGCGGCCACAAGAACAAGGUGACUGAGGUGUGCUUUAGUCCCGGUGAGACUCACUGUGCCACGUGYGGGGAGGAUGGCAGUGUGAGGAUCUGGGCUCUGGGCAGCACGGAGCUGGUGGUGCAGUUCCAAGUGCUCAACCAGAGCUGCCAGUGCCUGGCCUGGAAGCCUCGUCCCAUCGGGGUAACCCCUUGUCCCGCCGAGAGCCAGCACGUGGUGGCAGGGUACAGCGAUGGCACCGUGCGUGUGUUCAGCGUUUCCAGGACAGAGAUGGAGCUCAAAAUGCACCCCCACGCUGCUGCUCUGACAGCAAUCGCCUACUCCACUGAUGGGGAAAUGAUCUUAUCAGGGAGCAAGGAUGGCAUAGUGGCUGUCAGCAGCCCUCGCACUGGAAUGACCAACCAUGUCCUGGCUGACCACAAAGGCUCCCCCAUYACCGUUCUCCAGUGCACCAGGAAGCAGUACCACGAUUUCGGGGUGGAAGGAGGGGAGCUCUGGCUGGCCAGCAGCUCCGACCGCCGGGUCAGCGUCUGGGCCGCCGACUGGCUGCAGGACAAGUGUGAGCUCCUCGACUGGCUCAGCUUCCCAGCUCCUGCUGGCCCCGAGGGUCUCGACAGUCUCCCACCCAGCCUGGCUGCAUUCUGCCCUUGGGAACACGGUGUCCUGGUCUACGUGGGCUUUGGUAUGCAGARGGAAGCUUUGUUCUACAGCCUGAGAAGGAAACAGGUGCUCAGGAAGAUCUCCCUGCCAGCCUUUGCCACRUCCCUCAGCCUGUCCCCAGCUGUGCCUUUCAUGGCCAUCGGCUUCGGUGCCCAGGUGGGGAAGACGUCCCUGAUCAUGGCUCUGGUGGGAGAGGAGUUUCCUGAAGAGGUGCCCCCCCGGGCAGAGGAGAUCACGAUCCCGGCUGAUGUCACCCCUGAGAAGGUCCCCACGCACAUAGUGGACUACUCAGAGUCGGAGCAGACAGAGGAGGAGCUGCAGGAGGAGAUCUCCAAGGCCAACGUGGUCUGUGUGGUGUACGAUGUCACCAAGGAGACCACAAUUGACAAGAUUCGCACAAAGUGGAUCCCCAUGGUGAAUGGGGGCCUUGAAAAGGGAUCCAGAAUCCCCAUUAUUUUAGUGGGAAACAAGUCUGACCUGCAGAUGGGCAGCUCCAUGGAAGUCAUCCUGCCCAUCAUGAACCAGUUCUCGGAGAUUGAGACCUGCGUAGAGUGUUCUGCCAAGAACCUCAAGAACAUCUCAGAACUCUUCUACUACGCGCAGAAAGCUGUGCUGCACCCCACUGCCCCGCUGUACGACCCGGAGGAGAAGCAGCUCAAACCUGCCUGUGCACGAGCGCUGACCCGCAUCUUCAACCUCUCAGACCAGGACAACAACCUGAUCCUUAGUGAUGAGGAACUCAACUACUUCCAGAAGUCCUGCUUUGGAAACCCCCUGGCUCCUCAGGCCCUGGAGGAUGUGAAGAUGGUUGUGUGGAAGAACACGACAGACGGGGUGCAGGACAAUGGCCUGACGCUGAAUGGCUUCCUCUUCCUCAACACCCUGUUCAUCCAGCGGGGCCGCCAUGAGACCACCUGGACCAUCCUGCGCCGCUUCGGCUACGACGACGAGCUGGAGCUGACAGAUGACUACCUGCACCCUCAGAUCCGCGUGCCCCCUGGCUGCUCCACAGAGCUCAACCACUUGGGAUACCAGUUCCUGCAGAGGCUCUUUGAGAAGCACGACAAGGACCAGGACGGAGCCCUGUCGCACACAGAGCUGCAGAACUUCUUCAGCGUGUUCCCCUGCGUGCCCUGGGGCCCCGAGCUCUACAACACGGUAUGCACCACUGAUAAAGGCCUGCUUUCCCUGCAUGGAUUCCUCUGCCAGUGGACGCUCGUGGCUUACCUGGACGUACGGCACUGCCUGGAGUGCCUGGGCUACUUGGGCUACCCCAUCCUCUCGGAGCAGGACUCCCAGACACAAGCCCUCACAGUGACCCGGGACAAGAGGAUUGACCUGGAGAAAGGGCAGACACAGAGGAACGUGUUCCUGUGCAAGGUGCUGGGAGCGCGGGGCGCAGGCAAGUCUGCCUUCCUGCAGGCCUUCCUCGGCAGGAGCCUGGCGGCCCAGAGGGAGAACCCAGGACAGCCAUCCCUCUACACCAUCAACACAGUGCAGGUCAAUGGCCAGGAGAAGUACCUGAUACUCUACGAGGUCAGCGCUGACAAAACGUUCAUGGAGCCAUCGGACGCUGCAUGCGACGUCGCCUGCUUCAUCUACAACCUCAGCGACCCCAAAUCCUUCAACUACUGUGCCAGCAUCUAUAAGCAACACUACCUGGACAGCCAGAUCCCCUGUGUGUUUGUGGCCUCCAAGACAGACCUGCCAGAAGCCAGUCAGCAGCCAGGGCUCAUCCCAGCUGACUUCUGCUACAAGCACUGCCUCCCUCCACCCUUCCACUUCUCCUGCCACAGCCAGGGACCACCCAGCACUGCUGUCUACACCAAACUGGCUACUGCUGCCACCUUCCCCCACCUGAACGCCGUGGAGAUGGGAGUCGCCUCCUUCUGGCUGCGGGUGGCGCUGGGCGCGGCGGUGACGGCGCUGGUGGGCUUCACCCUGUACCGCCUGCUGGCCAAGAACAAAUGAGAGCCACUCUCCCCCGUCCCCCGUGACACCGGCUCCCCAUCCCCAGUGAGGGGCCCUGCCUCAAGYUGGUCCCUGGUAGGAACUCCUCCUUUGCCCCCAGCCUAGAUUGCAGGACCAGUGAAGCCAGACCUCCCAGCACCAGCAGGAUAAAGCCCUGGCACCAGCYAGCCUCACCCUGUGGCCUCCUGGCCCCUGUGGCCACAGGGCAGGCAGCUCUGCCAGGAGGGCUCUGCCUCACCAGCAGCUGGAGGAUCACCCUCAUCUUUUAUUCUGUUCAGUUUUUUUAACGCUUGUUUUUAAGCUCAAACAUGAGUGUUUCRGUGUCUGUUGGACUGGGCACGUCCCCUCCCCAGAGGGCUGUGCUGGUGCCCUCAAUUCUGGAGGGGGCAACGCUGCCAGAGCCUCUGGGAGCUCCAGCAGCAGCUGAGCUGUCAAAUGAGCUCAUGGCUCCGGCUCCCUGGGGCCCAUCUCCUGCUCCUGUCCCGCUUUCCCUCAGCCAGCGCAGGGAAAGGCAGCCAGGSAGGGAGGGCCAGGCAGUGAAACCCCCUCAGUGUUUCGGGGUCAGGCCUGGCCCCUCCUGCUGGGACACAGUGGCUGCUGUCCUGAGCUGAGGGGGCAGUGAUAACCAGGGUCUGUCAUGAGCUCUUUUGUCUUGUUUCUACCCAGAAAUCUUGUGAGUCCUGUAGCGUGCCAGGCACUGYGUCCAUCUGCCCUCCUUCCCUGCCACCUGCGUGGCCUGUCCCCUCUCCCCCACCCCUGGUCACCCAUAUUCAUGGCCUCCAGUAUUUGCAGGGCUCUGGGAGUCCUGGUAAGGACUGGGAGGACAUUGGGUGCCCACUGUGUGCCCAGUCCUUCCRUGGCAGUGCCAUCACUGAGCUGAUGGACCCUGUGCCCCAGGGCCCGUGUCCUGCUGUCCCCUCUGUGUGGCUCUGGGCGUUUCCAUCUCCUGGUACCAAUGGAAGCUCCUUCCUGCCCUGUCCCCUGCCCACCCCAAGCUGGUGUCAGCUGCUGKGACUGAGCUCAGCACCCCACGGGGGCCAAAGCCCCACAGCAUCCCUGCCUGCACAUCCCAAAGAGCAAGGCCAGUGCCCAUCCCCGGGGGGAGCCUGGGUCAGCCCCUGGCCGGUGCCACCAGCCCAGCCUYCCCCAGCAGGCUCAGGGUCAGUCUCUGCAGGCAGCUGCGGGGGCAGCUCCCAGGUACCACCUGGAGCUGUUUUUUCUGUGUUUYGUCUAUUUAAAUGUUUUACCGUGGCCUGGAGCCAGCGAGGGGGUUAAGAAGUCACUGGGCAGCACCAGUGUCCCUCCCGGGGACAGUCCCAGGGUGGUGUCCCCAUCCUGCUGUCCCCAGCGCUGGCUGGCCGGAGGUCCCUGCCUAUGCCAGAGCUGCUGUACCAGUCAGGUGCCCACUCACUGCUGGCCCCUGGUCCUGGCACUGCCGGGGCCAUGUCCCCCGUGUUCCAUGUCCCUCUUGGUGCCCACUGUGCAUGGCUCUGCCAGCCGGGCCCGUGCCUGGUGUCUCCCUGCUCCGCGUCUGCCGGAGCUGUGSCGUUUUAGGUUCGUUCUCUACAGCAAAAUAAAUUUUUACACACCUUGCGCUUGCACACCAUGUCCUGCAUCA